CCCGGAACCCAGGUGAGGCGCUCCACGUUUCCCACGGGCAGGUGCACUGACACGUAGGGCUGCAACUAGCAGCGGAAACAUGGCGCCCGGCGUUCGGUGGAGGACGUGGAGCUGGCGCUCGAGGAAAUCCAAAGUUUGGCUGCUGUUGUUGAUUGGCGCCAUGCUGAUCAGCUUAAAUGAUGGAGCAGCACCGGAAAAAGGAGAGUGGGACUACAUCGUCGUCAACGGGUCAACACCGAUACUGCUGACAAAAUCUAUGUACACCGGCACUGACAUAAAAAUGAAAAUUAAGUCCUUUGAAUGUCCAGGAGAAAUGAAGUUUACCAUUGGCUGGUUCUUGGAAUACUAUCCAUGUCACAAUCAGUAUAAGAACAUUGAUGAAUUGUUUGAGAAAUUGGAGCAUAGCAGGGAGAGACUCCUGAAUGUAGGUGAAGGGGAAUACGUUCAGCUAAAGCAACUGCAGGUUAUAUGCAAUAAGGAGCUACGAGUCUUUCCCCCUUUUAACAAAACAAACCAGCUGCCUUUUACUGUGGGAGCUUUUCCACAUCAUAUGAGACAGCAGAAUACCAGUUACAUGAAAGAUGGAUCAAAACAUCCUUAUGAGGAGAAUGUUAUCACCACUACGUGGAGAGACGGCCCCUACCUCCUCGCAGUGUUCAUCAACUCCGAAAGUAAGGUGGCCAACUGGAAUUUAACAGUGAACAUUGUAAUGAAAGGCUCCCAUGGUUUUAUCUCCAUUACGGAUUGGCCACUUAUGAUUUUCUAUAUGGUGAUGUGCAUGGUGUACAUUCUCUAUGCACUGUUCUGGUUCUUGUGGUCGGCCUGCUACUGGAAAGAUCUCCUGAGGAUCCAGUUCUGGAUCGCCGGUGUCAUCUUCCUGGGCAUGGUGGAGAUGGCCGUCUUCUGCGCCGAAUACGAGAACACCAACCUGGUGGGCUCAGCCUCUCAAGGUCUACUGAUAUUCGCUGAGCUCCUCUCGGCCCUGAAGAGAUCCCUGGCUCGGCUGCUAGUCAUCAUCGUCAGCCUGGGAUACGGAAUCAUCAAGCCACGCCUGGGGACCGUCAUGCACCGAGUGGUGGGGCUCGGAGUGCUUUACUUCGCCUUUGCUGUUAUUGAAGGUGUUCUGAAAAUUACUAGGGGUCCAGAGAGUAGCAGAGCCAUAAUCGUCAUUUUCUUAGCUGUGUUUGACUCCUGCUGCACCUGGUUCAUAUAUGUGAGUCUGGCCCAGACUAUAAAGACUCUCAAGCUCAGAAGAAACCCAAUGAAGUUAUCGCUCUACAGACACUUCACCAACACACUCAUCUUUGCCAUCAUUGCCUCCAUUAUUUUCAUGUUGUGGACAUCUAAAAACAUUUGGUUUGCUAAAUGUCAAUCUGACUUGCAGGAGAUCUGGCUGGAUGCUGCUUUCUGGAGAUUUCUGUUUUCGGUUAUUCUGCUGGUUAUCAUGUUUCUCUGGAGGCCGUCCGCGAACAACCAGAGGUAUGCCUUCACUCCACUGAUUGAUGACUCAGAUGAUGAGGACGUUGAGGAGUUUCUUGUAUCCUCUAACUUGGGCGAGGGCAUCAAGCUGAGGGGAGCGAAGACUGAGUCCAACGGGACUGCAAAACCUGUACCGCAUACUGAUGAAGACUUGAAGUGGGUAGAGGAGAACAUUCCUACUACUUUGACAGAUGUUGCCCUUCCCGUUCUUCUUGAUUCAGAUGAGGAAAUCAUGACGACAAAAUUUGAGAUGUCAAAAAUGGAAUGAAGCUCCACUUAAAGCACAGUUAAAGUUUCAGCCACUUGUGACCUUGCUAAAAAGCAGUGGGCGACAUAUACUCAGCACGUCAUUAACUGUCACUGUCUGUCUGUGACCUUUAUUGCGCCUUAUUUGCUUACAUUAAAAAAAAAAAAAAAAAAAAACGUUUCAUCCUACUCAAGUAAGGAAAAAUUAAUUUUCAUUUUUGCUCAUGAACAAAAAUAUGCUAAUCUUGUUCCUGGAAUUUUUCGGUUAUUUUUCCUCUAAAAUUCCAUUUAUUUAAAAAAGACUGAGAUGACCAAAGUCUGAGCGUGUUUUUGUUCCACAUCUGUCUGUUAACGUAGAUCUGAGGUCAGUUUUGUGAUGUUUAAUACCACUUUUUGUUUUUGGUUUGCACAUUUGGUUCAUGUUACUUUUACUAAGGAAGCCCUAUUGUUAUGUGAGCAGUUAAUGCAUUUAAAACAGCGUCUUCACAGCCCUUUUAUUGUCAUACUGUUCAUAAUGCUGGUAUUUUAUGGUGAUUGUUGUUGCCUUGAAACAAUUCUUUUUGGUUGGGACUUUCUUCCUAGUGAGAUGCAAAGCAAUACCCAUCUUUGGUAAUGCAAAUAUUACUCUUCCCUGCUGGACCCAAUAUAUAUCUUAAAUAUUUAGUUAAUACUUAAGGCAUUCGACCUGUUUUGAUAUUACCUUCUUUGAUAUUGCAAAUGCUUUGGAUUGACAGAUGUGCACCUUUAUUAUGCAGGGAAUGAUGCUGAUCAUUAUCCUGAUGACUGUUUGUAAGCGCUUUUGUGCAAAGCAGAACUUGAUGAGACAUGAACGUGAGCUGCAGCGUCGAUGAGACGUUUGUUGUGGUAUCCUCAAGAUGUGACACCCCCCCCCCGCCCCCCAAUCUAACUUUGUUGGUUCAGCCUCGUUCCCCAGAGGGCACUGCUGGUUUUAUCAAUACUCCCUGUCCUUUGUAUAUGUACAUGACUUGUUUCCUCAAAGCGGCAGUCCAGCUCUCUAUGUAAAACUCUGGUGUGUAGUGUGUAUGGUAAACCUCACACCUUAUAUUUAACUAUUAGCACAUAGUGUAAAUGGUGUAUGGUUUUUUUAAAUAUUUGUAUGUAGAACACUUACAGCAGUAUAUAGUUUGCUGCCAGAAGGUCAGCUUGCAAUGUGAAUUAAAUUGAAAGAAAAUUGAAGGCAUUCUUGUUUUCAGUUAUUACUGGGGAAGUCUGUAAUUGUUUUAUGACACAAUGUGUUAUUUUUCUUUUUGCUAGUAUGUAUUUCUUUACUUACUUUGAAAUGGUGAGCUUUAGUGCUUCUGCAGGUUCAUUCCCUUUGGGUUUUUUCUUUAAUUCCACCGGUGGCAGGGUGUCCAAAUACUAUUCCUGUCAUUUAUGUUUGCUUUGCAGAGACAGGUUGGAGCAUAUUCGAUACACUCUGCCUUUUUCUGUUUUGUCUGAAAUCCCCCCCGCACCCCCCAUCCUCUGAUCUUUUGGAAUUUAUGGGAUCUUGUAAAUCUAUAUAAAGUUUGGUUGGAUCGGAGAACAGGUGUAUACUUUCUGGUUUGUCAAUUUCGAUUAAUUUAAUUGUAAAUAAAAAUUCUUUAUUUUAUCGA